AUGGAGCAUGGUUUGCGUUCACGGCAUGUGCUUCGGGUUCAAGCGGCUAGCUGCGCGGACACGAUAUUACAGCUUCUGGCCAAGCCUUGCUGCCGAGUUAGUCGGAAGAUGGCGCUCCGAUCUGCAACGAUCCUCCUGCCCCUGGCUGUCGUGGUGGCCUUCCUGACCCUGGCCCCCAGCUUCGUGCCGGCAGCCAACAAGGUGGAGCCGUCUUUGCGGGGCUCGGCUGUGCUCACCUCUGGCGCCGCGGCUGCGUUGAUCGGAUCCGUUCCAGAGCCAGCGCACGCAUUCUCUGAGACGGAGCUUAACCAGUUUGGUCUGGUCUUCGCCAUCUUCUUUUUGGGCUUCUUCAUUGCCGGAUUGGUGCGCAUGUUCAACGUCGGCAAGCUCUGA